GCGCGUGCGCAGACGGAGAGCGCUGAGCAGAGGGGGAGGUGGCCGGCAGCUUGUCCCGCGUCCGCCAUUUUGUUGCUGUGGCUAUUGGGAACCGGCUGGGCAAAAGCACCCCAGAGGCGCGACGCUUCUAGGAGGCCGGAGCUUCGUCUGACAGAGGGCUCGGUGCAGAUCCGUGGGGCUGCGGAGCCUGCAUUUUCCAGCCGGGCAGUUACUGGAGCUACCCGGAUACGCCGGGCAGCCUGCGAUCCCCUGGGCGGCCUCCGCUGUGGCUCAGCUUCUCCCGCUGAGACCCUUGGGCUCUGCCCCGCAUUUCUUGGGCCGGCUGUCUCCGUGAGGCAGCCCCAGAGCAGGCGCGCGCCGGCAGAGGAUGCUGCGGGCCCGGAGCCCAGAGGAAGGUGCUGGUCCGUCCCGCUAAGCGCGCCUCGAGGUGUGCCUAGAGGCCCUAUCACAACCUCGGAGCAACCCGCCAAGUCUUCCAGAACGGGCGAGAGCAGCCACCGCCCGGACCCGAUACCAUGUCCUCCGCCAGGUUCGACUCCUCGGACCGCUCCGCCUGGUAUAUGGGGCCGGUGUCUCGCCAGGAGGCGCAGACCCGGCUCCAAGGCCAGCGCCAUGGCAUGUUCCUGGUCCGCGACUCCUCCACCUGCCCUGGGGACUACGUGCUGUCGGUGUCAGAGAACUCGCGAGUCUCCCACUAUAUCAUCAACUCUCUGCCUAACCGCCGUUUUAAGAUCGGAGACCAGGAAUUUGACCACUUGCCGGCCUUGCUGGAGUUCUACAAGAUCCACUACCUAGACACCACCACCCUAAUCGAGCCGGCGCCCAGGUAUCCAAGUCCACCCAUGGGAUCUGUCUCAGCACCCAACCUGCCUACAACAGAAGAAAAUAUGGAAUAUGUACGGACUCUCUAUGAUUUUCCUGGGAAUGAUGCCGAAGACCUGCCCUUUAAAAAGGGUGAGAUCCUAGUGAUAAUAGAGAAGCCUGAAGAACAGUGGUGGAGUGCCCGGAACAAGGAUGGCCGGGUUGGAAUGAUUCCUGUUCCUUACGUUGAAAAGCUUGUGAGAUCCUCGCCACAUGGAAAGCAUGGCAAUAGGAAUUCCAACAGUUACGGCAUCCCAGAACCUGCUCAUGCAUACGCUCAACCUCAGACCACAACUCCUCUACCUGCAGUUUCCAGUACUCCUGGGGCAGCGAUCAACCCUUUGCCCUCUACACAGAAUGGACCUGUCUUUGCAAAAGCAAUCCAGAAAAGAGUACCCUGUGCUUAUGACAAGACUGCCUUGGCAUUAGAGGUUGGUGACAUUGUAAAAGUCACCAGGAUGAAUAUAAAUGGCCAGUGGGAAGGCGAGGUGAAUGGGCGCAAGGGGCUUUUCCCCUUUACGCAUGUCAAAAUCAUUGACCCUCAAAACCCAGAUGAAAAUGAGUGAUUGCUGUUGCCCUGUUUCCUGCUGCUUUGUUGUUCUGCCUGUCAUAGUCUCCUUGAAGUGGGAAAGCAUUCUCUCUCAUAGGCAAGUUACACUGCAUUGCCAGCAUCCAGCUUUCUGCAGGCUGGAGAUCUCAUCCACAUUUGGAAUGCACACAGCGGCUGCCUCCUGGCGUUUGUAUCAUAGUCGUAUCGUCAAAGAGUAGCCGGUUUUAGAAUUCUUUUGGAUCAUAAACUGGAAAUACUGGUGGAAGCACACAAGUGGAGAGAAGUUGACAAGGAAAGGGUCUUCCUUCUCCUCACUGCCCUGUUUGUACUUGGUACCGACCUGUCAUAUUCGUCAGAGAAAGCUUGAGGCCACAGCGAGAUCCUGCCUUGUUGCUCUUCCACAGAGCAGUGACUCUGCCACCAACUUGUUUUUCCUUCUACAACAGAGGAACCAUAAGGAAGAGAGAAUUCUGUCCUAAACCCCCCACAUAUGGCUUUUCUUGCGUUUUGUUUUGGUUUGGUUUUGGAAGACUUACACUUGUGUGUCCUGAACAGAUUUUUGAGUAGCAGGUUGGAUUUUUGUGAUAGUCCAAGGAAUGACAUGUGCCUCUGAGCUUCUGUACUGAAGCUGCUGUAACUAAAGGAAUAUGAAAAGAACGACCCUGAAGCGGAGGCCUUUACUGUUUUGGUUGCCAAUCAUACCCUGUUUUGCCAUGUAGCAAACACAAAAUCAGCAGUCGUGGUGUGCCAGGCUUUGUGCACAGCCUCUUGGAUUACUGUACCCAGAAGCAUCAGAGCAGAGGGUGAUACUGGGAAACCUUACUUACCUUGUUUGCCAGUGAUAGGAGCAAUGAGGAGGGUGAAGCACUUGGCCAGUUUUCUGUCCAGCUUUUCAGUAAACAUUUCCCUUUAAGAUACAGGACUAAAGUUUCUUCUAAAAUGUAGGUUAUUCAUAGGAUCAUCAGAUUCACUAGUGAAUCAUUAAACUGGAUCAUUCGAUCUCCUUGCAGAAGCCCACCCCAGUUCUCAAGCUGCCAGAGAAAGAUGGUGCUGUUCAUGCUGGUUCCAUGUUCCCGAGCAAAGGAAAUGCAAGCUCAGAAAACUGGUUAGUACACCUGAGAUCUAGUGUUGUAGUGAAUAGGAAGAACCCUUAACCAGUUUACCAUUAACCACUUAACAGUUUGUUAAUGUGAAAGCAUUUUUCUCUUAGCUAAGAGAGGCACUGUUUAUACAAGCCAGCUGGUACAAAUGUGUGAUCAGUCCCUCAUCUGCACAUGGCAGACUAGAAUUCUGGAACCUUUAUAUAGUUCAGUCUGUUUUCCCUUCUGGACCCUGGUGAAGACAGCCCUCAGCUCAGAAUAAACACGCCAGACCUGGAAAUGUAGCAACAACCUAGAAAGUAAUUCUAGCAUUUACAGAGCGUCUGCUGCAACUGUGGUCCUGUCUUGGAGGUUUUGAGGUUUGAAGUGGUACAUUCUGGUGACAGAACCAGCAAAACACCCGUUUCUCUCUUUCUUUUUCAGUUUCCCUGUAACUUGAUAUUUUGUCAGGCUCGUAACUGCCAUUUUAAAGGAUCUUGAGAGUGUUCCUGUGGUAAAAUAAUGGUGAAUUGGAAAAAACACCUCAGCUGCCUGUGUGGUUUUCUUUAAAAAUAUACAGCGCUCCAUGCUUCAUUACCAGUGAAAGGUGUGGCCACCUCCUGCGCUGAAGCCUGUCCCUUGCACUUGCUUUUUCUGCCAAGGUCUGUUGAGUGGGCUUGUUCUCAUUCAGGCUCAUCCUGACACCCACAAGUGGUGGACAUGUGACAGAGUCCCCAAACUCUAUCUGGAAACAGUGCUUGCCUUGUGGCAGUGACCUGGUUCAUCCCCACCCUGCCUGUUACCUGCAGCUAGGUAUCUAGCAGGUGAAAUGUAUGUCUUUCAAGAGGGCCAGGGCCCUGCGUCCUUUUUAAACUAGAUUGAGUUGAAGCGCUUCUUGACACCCUUGAUUAUAGAAGUUGGCUUACAGUACAAGCAGUAAAUGGCCAUUUUGGACAGCUGGGUUUUCUUUCAACCAGGUCUGCUGAUCCGCCCCUUGAGGAGCACUUCAGAAUCAAAACACCUGGUAAACCUAGAGUUUGGUUUCAUAAUGAAUUUCUUCAGCCCGUGUAAAGGUCUCCAGGGCUGCCCAGGAGAUUCUGAGCUUGGAAUAACUUGAGCCUUGAGUUCUGAACUCUCAAGAUAUGUGCCAAAAGUAGUAAUUUUUUGACUUAGAACUUUAUCAGUUUUUUAAUCAAGCAGGGACAUUUCUCUUCUUCACACUAAAUAAUGGAAAGCAGCACCCCUGCGUGGACUUCAUACCCAGCUCCCUGCUGGUCUGAAAAGAGAUUCAUGCUUCGUACAGCAGUGUGAAUUUGACCCAGGGCUAGGUCAUCUUUUAUGAUUGUUCAUUGUUGCUACUUGCUCUGCUCUACUGUGUUGUAGAAAAUGUCUGGAUGUUAAAUUAACUCACUAUGGUUUUUCACCUGGAAAUGAAACAAGUUACGUAGAGGGCAUUGACAUUCUGAUUGCAAAUUUGCUUUCCCUGGGAAGGACCUCCAGUACGGGAGCCUUCCUUGUCACUUCUGCGCUGCGUGGCACCACCUAAUGACAUGCUUAACAAAGAGGAUGCAUGACCAGCUGCCGUUAGAUGACUUUGGUCACCCAGACUUGACACCUCAUAUGCUGAAGGGAAGGAGGGAAAGACUGCUGCCCCUGCUUGGAGCUUCACGCCCCUGGCCUUCCUUCACAGCUGUUUACAGACAAGGCAGGCCCGAGGUGAAUGGCCAACUGCUCUUGUGACAUUCGCUCAGAGGAAUAUGAACUUUUUUUUUUGAAAAGGGAUGAUGUGUUUUUUUUGUGCCAGGUGUUUAUAAUUUAAUCCUUUAAUAUUAUGUUCAUUAACCUCUUAAAAUGAGUGAAUUCUUGAUUGUUUUAACACAGUUCCUAAGACUAAAUGCUUUCUGUGGACACCACUGAGCUCUGCCUCAAACUCCACCCUCUGGGACUGGAGAGCCAUGUCGCCGGUAACUGCUGUCAGUGUGAACACUGAGCUGUUUGUGUGUUAUAAAAGAAGUAGAAGGACAGUUCUCUGAGACAGGAUUGUUGUCCCUGCAGGAGGAACAGUGGCCUUGCUUCUAGACGGUCUUCACUGUGUGUUUUAAAACAACAACAAUGUAAAACUCUUUUGACCUGUAACUUAAAGAUCAUAAACUUCAGGCAAUAAUAUUUUCUGUGUAAGCUUUUAAAAUUAUUUUUGGGGAUCAUAGCUUGUUUUAUUUUGUGCUAUAAAAUUAACAGUAUUAAAUGACUUAUAUUCUUAGAAUACAUUGAGUGUCUUUUCUUAACAGAUUAGUGCCUUUUUAUUUUUGUAUUCUAUUUACGUUACUGGUCCCGGCAUCAAACCCUUGUUUCCAUGGCCUGUUUGUACAUUGUCUCAAUAAAACUUGCAUCAGCCGGUGGUGGCAGCAGCGGC